AACAUGCGCAGAAGAGGCCCGGUGGUGGAGAAGGAACAUGCGUGUUGGGGACAAGGAAGGAGCCAGUGUGGCUUUGCGGAGUCGAGUGCAGCAUGCAGGCAGCUCUGGAAAUAACCUUGCGGUACUGCCACAAAGAAACCGAGCAAUAUGGCCGGUGUGUGGCUGCUAACCCUUCUUCCUGGCAGCUGGACUGUCACCAACUCAAACUUGACAUGGCCAAAUGUACAUCAUCCCACCCAAUUGUUCAGAAGAUUCGCCGAGAUUGUGCUGAGCCAUUUACUGCAUUUGAGGAGUGCCUUAAGACAAAUCAGAGUUCUUCAAUCAAAUGUUCUGAACACCUCCAAAAAUUUCUCAUCUGUGCUGACCAGGUGAAACUGAAUACAUAAGCAGAAACCUUGCUAUUCCUUGAAGUGGCAUUAAGACUAAAAAAAUUGACCAACAAUGGCACCAGCUUCUCAUCUAUCAUCUUUUCCAGCCAUCACCAUCAUUCAUUUAUCUGCAGCCAUCCAAGAUACCUCAGCUUGGCCCAUUGAAAUGGAAUCCCAACUUAGGUAUCUGAAGUAGAUGUUUUAUUAUGCCUGGAACUUUUGCAGGCACCGUACAGUAAACUGCAAAGACCCCGAAUCAUCUUUUCUGACCCAAUUUGGCAGACAGAAUUGCAACGUUCUAUGGCUCAAAGCAGAGUGAUCCAGGCAGAUUAACGAACAGAAGAAAAAAGGAAUCUAAUUUGUCCUGGAACUUCUCUGAAAGUAUUUUAAUCUUCUCUCAUGGACUGUAAGACUUGCCUCAGGGUAUUCUGUUUCUGUGCAGCUAAUGGGAAGCACCUAGCCAACUUUGACCUGAAAAAUCUAAAACAAGGUCAGACUUAAUUUCUUAGAUGGACAGUCACCAUAGACUACCAUAGUUUUAUACAGAUUGGGAAGCCAAAAAGAAGUCUGCAAAGAAGAUACAAAUACAUUUUUUUUGUAUUGUUACCAAGAAAAAUACAUGUUCAUGCCACUCAGUCACUAGGAUACAAACUUGAUUCAGAGGACACAUGAAUCCAUUAAUUUUAUUCUAUUUGUAGUCAGUAGAGGGCACUCUGUAAACAUUAGAACAUUCUUGAUUCUUUGCUUUAUGGCUGUGUUGUAAAAGGUGACAAGAAAAAGGACAUCAAAUGCAACAUUACAUUAAUGAAGUUCAACAGUUAUCAGUCUUAAAUAUAAUGCUUCUGACUGGAUUUAUAUUCAUAACUUUGAAUACUAUUAGAGUGAUGUUUGUAGUAUGUCACAUGUUGCAUUGCUUAUAUCAUUUAGCCAAUGGGAUACGAGUUUUGGGAAAAAUUAGAUGGCAUUCUUGAAAUGAUAGGGCAGGGGAAAUUAUUUGUAAGGAGGCAUGAAUAAAUAUGAAAGAAUGAGAAAAUCAAAUGAAGAGCUAAUAUUGAAUGGCCAUGGCGACUAUUUGAUGAGUGCCCUCUUAGAAAAAAAAAGAUUUAAGCAUGUCAGUCCAUACAUAGGCAUGGAAAAGUGACUAAAGCUAAAAGCAUGAUUGAUUUGAUUGUUUAUGAUGGCAGAUUGAAAUAAUUAUUGAAUAAUAUAGAGGUACUGAGACAUUCUGAAUGUGAGAUACACCAUUAUCUGGUAGAAUCAAAAAUAGAUCGUAGAAAAUGGAUAAGGAAGGGAGGGAAAGAAGCAAGAGUAAAAGUAGAACAACUGAGGGAAGAGAUAUUACAGUUGCAGAGAAGUGUAGAGCUACAUUAAUAAAGAGUAUAGAAAUGGAUGUAUGGUGGAAUGAAGUUUUGGAAAAAAAUGGAUGAGGAAAAAAUUCAAGAGGGAGAAAAGUUAAGGAUGAAG